AUGUCUUCUUUCCAAUACAAACAUGUUCUUCUUAUCGGGGCAACUUCCGGUAUUGGCCUUGCUAUGGCCAAUCGGCUUCUUGAGAGUGGUCUCAAAGUCACAGCUGUCGGUCGUCGCCAGGACCGUCUGGAUGAAUUUGUGCGCAUGAACGGCGAUGGGAAUGCUAGUGGAGUCGUGUUUGAUAUAGCUGACCUGAAGGCCAUUCCCCGCUUCGUCGAGAGGGUGAUCGAGCAGUCGCCCGACAUUGACUGCGUCUUUUUCAACGCGGGUGCCCAGCACAUGUACGACAUGACCGACCCGGCCAAGUUUGAUCUCGAUCAGUUCCAGAGUGAAGUGAGCGUCAACUUCAACAGCUUUGUCGCUCUAACCCAUGCCUUCUUGCCUUUCUUGAUCAAGAAAGAUACUCCGACCAGUUUCAUCUUUACGGGCUCUCAUAUUGCAAUUGUGCCUGCUUUCCCCAUGCCGGCCUAUUGCGCAUCUAAGGCGGCGUUGAAUGUCUUCACACUAUGCUUACGCGAGCAGCUAUCUAAGACUCACGUUAAGGUCAUUGAGAUAUCGCCUCCUGUGGUGCAAACCGAGCUUCAUGAUUACAUGGGAGAAGAGAAGGGGCGCAGCAUGGGCAUGCCUGUUGCUCAAUUUACUGAGGCUGCAUUUGAAGGACUGGCGGCUGGCAAGGAAACAAUCGUCAUUGGUUCCGCUGGACCCGCGGAAGAGUUUAAUGAUCUUCUCGAUAAGAGACGAAUUGCCUUUAAUGGGAUGACCAACUUGAUCCGGAAGAACUUUUGA